CUCUUUCUUUCUUCUUAUUUUUAAUGAUUAGAAUAUUAAUAAAAGACGGGAAUUUUCUCCUCUUUAGGCCAGCAGGUCUCCUCUUUCACACCUUUCUCAAUCUCCCCACCCAUGCCAGAGAAUGCACCCUUCCAAACCCCAAAUUCAAGUUGGGAGGACAUGGAGGAGGUUGAAGAGGCUAAUAGGGCAGCUGUGGAGUGCUGCCACAGGUUUUUGAGUACGUUAUCUCAGCCUCAAGAUCAGCUGCAGUUUAGAAACCUGACGGCUGAGACAGGAGAAGCUGUUUCCAAAUUUCAAAAAGUAGUUAAUCUUCUUAAUACUGGUUUGGCUCAUGGGAGAGCUAGGAUUUUGAAGAAAAUCCAGUCUCCUACUCCGCCGAAGAUCUUCUUAGAUAGCUCAAUUUCUAGAAUAGAUUCCCCUUCUUUCUCCGCUAAAGCUCUCCAUAGGAAUUUCAUGGAAACCCCAAUUCAAGGAAUUGAUUCUAGUGGUGGGAAUACUCUCCAGCUUUCAAAAAAUAUGUUUUUAGAUAACCCAACUCAGGAAUUGGAUUCUUCUGCUGCUGCCGCCGCUGCGGCUGCCGCUGCUAAAAAUCAUCACCUCCAAUCCUCCCAGUUGCAAUUCCUCCAACAGCAGCAGCAGCGGUUUCAGUUUCAGCAGCAGAUGAAAUUCCAAGCUGAUAUGUUCAGGAGGAGCAACAGUGGGAUAAACCUCAAGUUUGAUAACUCUAGCUGCACGCCCACCAUGUCGUCCACGAGAUCUUUUGUGUCGUCGCUGAGCAUGGAUGGUAGUGUGGCUAGCUUGGACGGCAAGGCCUUUCAUUUGAUUGGCGGGCCGCAGACAUCAUCCGAUCGGAACCCAAAUCAGCCUCCGAAGAGGAGGUGCUCUGGUAGAGGGGAAGAUGGGAGUGGGAAAUGUGGGACCAGCGGGAGAUGCCACUGCUCGAAGAGGAGGAAAUUGCGGAUGAAACGAUCGAUCAAGGUGCCUGCCAUUAGUAACAAGCUUGCAGAUAUUCCUCCUGAUGAGUAUUCAUGGAGGAAGUAUGGCCAGAAACCAAUCAAGGGUUCUCCGCAUCCUCGGGGAUACUAUAAAUGUAGCAGCAUGAGAGGCUGCCCGGCGAGGAAGCAUGUUGAGAGGUGCUUGGAAGACCCUUCGAUGCUCAUUGUCACAUAUGAAGGUGAGCACAAUCAUUCAAGGUUAAUGCCCCAGUCUGCCCACACAUAAGCUUUAGCAAGCUUCAUUCGGAUCAGUUCAAGGCCCAGUUUCGAGGCGGGUCAGUUCAUAUCCGCACCUGGGUUUAGUCAGUUGAAUUGCUCCUGUACAUAACAUGUAUGGUUCCAGUUUGAGAAUACAGAAGAUGGAGGACUUUGCUGACAUUGGAGGAGGAUAUCUGGGCCUUUGUAGCCUUAUGGAGGGGAGAUACGAUAUGCAUCAGAGUCACAGAAAAAUCUGGACAAAAGAAAAAUGGUUGGAAGUGUAAGAACUUUUUCACAGCAGCAUCUCUUUUGUUUCUCACUGUUUGGGUUUUCUGAAUGCAAUCUCUUUAACAUGGUCUUGCUUGA